UUGUUUCUCCACCAGACCUUCUCUCUCUCUCCUGUUUCUUCUCUCUCUAACAGACAAAACUCUGAGCUUUUUUCUUUUUCGUUCUUCAUUAUUUUCGAAAUUAUGAAUUCCCUUUCCAAAUGCGAUGCCAACUUUGCGUCUCUUACGCCCAUCACCUUCUUGAAGAGAGCGUCCGCGUUCUACGCUGAUCGGACUUCCAUUAUCUACGAAGGAACUAGCUUCACAUGGCGCCAGACUUACGAACGCUGCUGCCACCUCGCCUCCUCGCUUUCCCGCCUCAACGUUGUCAAGAACACCGUCGUGUCGGUGUUGGCGCCCAAUGUUCCGGCAUUGUAUGAGAUGCAUUUUGCAGUACCCAUGGCCGGUGCUAUUUUGAACACAAUCAACACUCGUCUCGACGUUAGUAACAUCGCGUUGAUCCUCCGCCAUUCUGAGGCGAAGAUCCUGUUCGUUGACUACCAAUUCAUACAAGAAGCCAAAGAUGCCCUCCGUCAACUGAUGGCGGCGUCCCUCCCGCUUCCAUUCGUUGUCGUCAUCGAUGACAUCGAUUCUCCCACCGGUGCCCGUUUCGGGGAAUUGGAAUAUGAGCAACUCGUCCACGACGGCGAUGUUGGGUUCACUCCGGUGGAGGUUGACGACGAAUGGGAUUCAAUAGCUUUGAAUUACACCUCCGGCACAACAUCGGCACCGAAGGGCGUGGUGUACAGUCACCGCGGCGCGUAUCUCAGUACGCUUAGUCUGGUGAUGGGAUGGGAAAUGGGUAACGCGCCUGUUUAUUUGUGGACUUUGCCGAUGUUCCAUUGUAAUGGAUGGACCUUCACGUGGGGGAUUGCAGCUCGUGGUGGGACUAAUGUCUGUAUUCGUAAUACGACGGCGUUUGAUAUUUACCGGAAUAUUAAUUUGCAUCACGUGACUCACAUGUGCUGUGCGCCGAUUGUGUUCCGUAUCAUCCUUGAGGCUAACGGCGGUGAACGGCGGCGAUUUGGAUGGCUAGUCAAUGUGCUGACUGGUGGAGCGCCGCCACCGGCGGCGCUCCUGGAGAAAAUGGAGGCUCUUGGGUUUCAUAUUACUCAUGCUUAUGGGCUGACGGAGGCCACCGGACCGGCGUUGGUCUGCGAGUGGCAAGAAAAGUGGAAUAUUCUGCCGGCCGAUGAACAAGCCAAGCUUAAAGCUAGACAAGGAAUCAGCAUUUUGACAUUAGCUGACGUGGACGUCAAAAACUUGGAAACAAUGGAUAGCGUGCCGCACGACGGUCGGACCACCGGCGAGAUCGUCCUACGUGGCAGCAGUAUAAUGAAGGGCUACUUCAAGGAUCCGGCAGCCACCGCAAAGGCCUUCCAAAAUGGGUGGUUUCUCACCGGCGACGUGGGCGUCAUACACCCAGAUGGGUAUUUGGAGAUAAAGGACAGAUCGAAGGACGUCAUCAUCUCAGGCGGUGAGAACAUCAGCAGCGUGGAGGUCGAGACGGUGCUGUACCGUCACCCGCAGGUGGCGGAGGCAGCGGUGGUGGCAAUGCCACAUCCCCGGUGGGGUGAGAGCCCGUGCGCCUUCGUCGUGGUCCACAGCGACAGCGGCAAGGUGAGUGAGGCGGAGAUGAUUGAAUUUUGCCGGAAGAAUAUGUCGCACUAUAUGGCGCCGAAGAAGGUGUUGUUCGUGGCGGAGCUUCCCAAGACGUUGACCGGAAAGAUUCAGAAGUUCAAACUGAGGGAGCAGGCGAAAUUGUUGGUUGCAUCUGAGAAACGUGUCUCCGGUGGGAACAAGUCCGGGCGGCACGACGGUGGGCGGCUGCCGGAAUACGGUGAGCAUGUUAUGGCCAUGUCACGGCUUUGAGAGGUGCCCCGUUUUGUUGAUGUACAAUUAAAAAUACGUACACCUGAUGAAGAAUGAGUGGUAGGUAAAAAUUGUGUAAAGGUUUAAAACAAAUUUGCUUCAAACAACACCUUAUUAUUA